UUGUCACGCCAUCAAUAUUCAAUAUCAGCUCCCACGUGCCCCACCGCUUUCAAUUCUCCGCGAAAGCUCCAAACUUUCCCUACAUCUGAAAAAGAAAAAAGGCCGAAAACCCCAAUUUGACGCCACAAUCGACAUCAAAUCCCUAAUUUGUAAAAAAAAAAAAAAAGAGGCAAAACAUAUACGACUUUUUAAUUAGAAAAUUGUAAAAAAAAUUAAUUUGCAUUUUUUUAAAAUUCUGAAACUUUUGGAAAGAGAUGAUGGAGGACGGUGGUGCUAGGGUUUCUUCCGAUGAUCCGACUGUAACCAACGAUAUUUCACAGACAAGACAAAGGAAAAAGAGAAAGUGGGAUCAGCCUGCUGAGGCUUUGGAUUCGGCUGGAUUCGCUGUCCCAUUUAGCAACACAGGAACCCUUGCUGGCAUGCCACUUCCUGGUGUAGCUCUAGUCCCAGGCACCUUUCUGUCAAAUCCACUUGCCGCUAGUGGUACAGCUGUUACCCCAAUCUUUCAACAGCUUGCUGCUCCAGUGGUAUCAAAACAAAAUCAACUUAAGGUCCAAGAUGAGUUAGUGAUUGCUCGGGAAAUUGUAAUAAAUGAUGCGGAAUCUUCUGUUCGCCACAAGCUCACAAAACGCCAGACACAGGAAGAGAUUCAAAGGUGCACUGGUGCUGUGGUGAUAACUAGGGGCAAGUAUCGCCCACCAAAUGCUCUGCCUGAUGGUGAAAAGCCUCUCUAUCUUCAUAUAUCUGCUGCUGCUCAUUUAAAAGAGACAGCAGAGCGGAUUUUAGCUGUGGAUCGUGCAGCUGCCAUGGUUGAAGAAAUGUUGAAACAUAGUCAGAGCUCACAGGCAGCUUCUUCCCCUUUUAUGGCAGCUAUUAGCAAUGGUGUGAAGGCAUUUAGCACAUGCAUAUAUUUGGGCUUUGAUGCAGAGCCAUCACUGAAUGUUGCCGCUCGUAUUCGUGGACCAAAUGACCAAUAUAUAAGUCACAUUAUGAAUGAAACAGGAGCAACUGUCAUACUACGAGGAUGUGGUUCAGGAAACUUUGAGAGCCUGCAGGGUGAAGAAGCACAACAACCAUUGCACAUAUUUUUAUCCAGUAAUAAUCCUAAAAGUCUUGAUGAUGCCAAGCGUUUGGCAGAGAAUCUCCUGGACACUAUCGGUUUAGAGUUUGGUGCAUCCAGGACUUCAUCAAGUAAGGUUUAUGGUGCAGUACCGCCUCCACAGCAGUUGUUGACUGGAGUUCAAAGUUUUGCAAGUGAACAAAAUCUACAUGCUAGUUCAGCUGCUGGUUUGACAUCACUGCCAGUCACUACGCCAGCUCCACCUGUUACAGUCCCUGCAGUCACUACUGGCUAUUCUCAAGGGAUGGUUGUGGGGAUGCCUAACUUUGGGCCAAACCAGGCAAAUUCAGUUGGUUAUCCACAGUCUUUGGUAACUAGAGGGACAAGCUAUACCGGAUAUGGUGGGAUAUAUCCCCAAGCAACACCAUUGCAACAGGUAGCAUUAGCUCUUAGACAAUCAUCUCCAAUCUCCUCUACUGUUGUACCUGCAACAUCUGUAGCAAGCACAGUUGCCAUCACUGUAUCCAAAUCAAGUGUUAGCUCUACUUUGCGUACUGAGAAGGAGCAAAGGCCUCCACAAAGGCGGAAGUUCCAGGAGUUACCAGCUGGUUCAAAGGGCCCUGCUAGACCCAACCAGGAAUCUGAAUCUUUAAAUCCAAGCAAGCCAUUGGGAGAUUUAGGAGUGAAAAAUGUAUCAACUAUGCCUGCUCCAAAGAAGUUGGUUCAUCCGUCAUCUAAUGGAAUGCCUGCACCAACUCCAAGAACCUUGCCACCUCCGCCUCCAAAAACCAUGCUGCCUCCACCUCCACCCAAGUUCACUUCAUCAACACUAUCUGGGAAAUCUAAUGACAAGAACAAAGUUACCAGUAAAGCUAAACUUGAUGCUGUCCCUGAAACCUUGGUCCAGUUAAUGUCAUAUGGGGAUGAAGAUGAUGAUUCGGAGGAAAGCAGUGAUGAAUCCCUAAAUAGAAACUCCAAUGCAGAUGCGGUUCGAAAACCGUUCUGGGCUUUGUGACUCAUCGGUGGCCUAAGCUGCUGAAUUUUGCAGAGGCUGAAUGAGGCAUAUCAUGGAUUCCGUCAAGUGCGUAUCAAGUCUGUGUUUUUCUUUGAUUCUUUUGAGAUUGCAGCUCGGCAAAUACUUAUUGAAUACCAACAAGGUGAAGUGACUUCAAAUUUAUUGCAGUGAGACUUGCUUGGAAGCAUUUAGAAGUUCUAAAUCUGAUAGAAUUGUGUUGUAUAUUGGUUGUAAUUUGCCACUAGUGUAGUUAUUAGUUUCCUUUAGUGUAUUGGUGAAAUCGGCAAAUCUUUAGAUAGCUGCAUUCUGUUAGAAGUAAGUUCUUUCGGGCUGUCAAAUGGAAACAUGAUGCUUUUAACUCUGUAAAUUCUUCUGUGGCAAGGAUACUAUCAUUCAUUUUAAUGUGUGAAAAACAUACUAAA